AUGACUUAUUUCUUGGGGAUGCAUGACAUCCUUCCUUCCCAGCUUGCGCACACUCCUAAGAAAUAUGUUGUUGUUGUAUCGGCAGGGGAUCUAUCCUUCGUCCAAAACCGCUAUGAGAUGGAGAAGAUGUAUCUCCAUUCUUAUAUCACUUACAACACGUACCAAUUAUCUUCUCUGUCCUCCUUAGCUUCUGCUGGCAAGGAAGAUGUCUUGGCUGCAGACAAUCUCUCUAAGGAGAAAGACACUUGGAAGGGCCCUUGUCGACCUGAGGGGGACGUUCCAGGAUUCUCUUCAACGAACUAUGCAAGAUGUGCUCAGGGCCUACAACUAAGUUGUGGACUAGGCUAUAAAAGGUUCUGUCCCACUGCUUCUAUUAUCGUUGAAGGACUAAAUCUCUUACGAGUUACUGUCAAAAGAACUUUAAAGGGUGAUCCGGGUACUUGGGCUCCCGCUCCCGAGGAAACUCUAGGGGCUAUAGUAAUCUAUGACCCCAAGGGGACUCUAGUGAUGUAA